GCGGACAACAGCGUCGAAGCCGACCGCACGCGCCGCAUUUCGAACCCGCAAAAUCCCUGAUACAAGAAGUGGAAAACCCCGCGCGGUCCGAGAGUCGCCCUUAACUUUCAACCCUUGUUUUAAUUUUCCUCCAUCCCCUCUAAAAUCAAACCUCACCUUUCGAGACAUACUUUUUUUUCCACCUUUCGCACGAUCUUUUUUCCGAUCCUCUCCUCGUCCACCCACCACCCCCUCACCCCUCCCCCCCCCUUUCUUCCAUCUUCCACGAUUUUUCACCGACGUUACCACUGUCGUUUCUCUUUUUCUUUCUCGCUUUCACUUAUCCCAACGGGAAUCGCAGGGUGCGUCGCGUAGCUGUGCAGUGAAUUGUGCCGCUGGGUUUUAUUUGUAAUAUAUUUGUUUACCUGUUCGAUUAAUGAAAAAUAAAUACCUAAUUACAAUAUUAAAUUAUAGUUCAAGUGUACCGCCGAUUUUAGACCGUAAUUCGAUGCUAGUCGAUUGAAAGGAUAAAGAGAAAGGAUGCUCGACACACGGACUUCUUGAUAUUUCGUACAAUGAGAACCGAAAAGUAUAACUUGUAAUAUCGUAUCGAGUAUCAGCGCUGAUUGAUACAUUGUUUUCAAGAUAAAAAUUGAAUUGUAAAAAGUUUGUGUGAAAGCUAUCGGAGUGUGUUUGGUAUAUUAUCAAUUACUCGUACGGACAUUUUCACGUCCUCUUCGCAGUUUCGUUUUCGUACGCUACACGUGUUCGCGUAUUGAUAAAUCGUAAUAAUAAUAACAACAAUAAUAUUAAUAAUAAUACAUUGGUGAACAAUCGCAAAAUAUUAUUUCCAUUCACUUGCCAUUGUUGUAAUCUGACUAAAAAAACAAAAAAAAGAAAGAAAGGAAGAAAGAAAAUUAAACGUACAUUAAAAUAAAAAGUGAAAUACAAUUUUUUUUUUUUUUUAAAUAGUUUCAACGUUCCUCUGGCGUUUAAAAAAGCUCUAUAAAAAAUUUAAAUCUAAGUGAUAUUGUUGUACGUUAUUCGUCCGGCUGUUGGGUCCAGAGAUCGGCGAAAGGAAAGUGAAUAUUACAACAAACAGUGCAUAUAAUCCAGUGCAGAUUUGGGAGGAUCAAGUUCGUCGCCGAAAAAGAUGUCGUCCCUCCGCACUCAGUCGACCGGGGGCGGUUUGGCCCUGAGCAGCAUCGGAUCCGAUAGAACCGGGGCGACUUCGACGGCCGGAGCUUCUCAAUCUCACAGAAAACACCAGAAUCAUCACAGGAGUCGAAGUGCUCCUCGCGCCCCCGAAAAACCACCGAGAAAACGUCACAUGAAUCCGGCACACAGUCUGGCCUCGAUACCGAGUCAGAUUAAACUCUCGAUGCUGAACAGCGGGCUCAUCUCUUUCGCAGCAGACGACAAUGGCGCCAUGUCAACGACGCUGCCAACCGCCCCAACGGAAUUGGCACAUUAUCCAAAACUCUGCGAACUUCGUAGAAAGUUUCCAGUUUUAUACCGCGUCGAAUUUCAGACCGCAGUCAAAGUCGAGACGCACUCCUGCAAACACGCGACGAAGAUCGCGAACAAGGAGAAGAAUCAGAAUCAAAGGUGCAUACCCUACGACUACAACAGAGUUGUUCUCGACACGAUAAAAGGCGAGCCUGACUCCGAUUACGUCAACGCUUCCUACGUCGAUAGUAUACUCAAGCCAAACGCCUACAUAGUGACGCAAGGACCGAUGGAAAAUACGGUGACAGAAUUUUGGAGAAUGGUUUGGCAGGAGAACGCUUCGUGCAUCGUUAUGCUGACGAAAACGUUCGACUUCAUUCGGGUCAUGUGUGUCCAGUACUGGCCAGCGAGCAAAGACAAGGACGAGGAAUACGGCGGUAUCGGAGUAUCGGUUUUAAAGGAGGAGGAACUGGCCAAUUUUCACAUACGAACGAUAAAGCUCUACAAGAAGAACGACGCGGGGGAAAUCACCGAGGAAAGAACUCUCCUCCAGUUUCAUUACACCGAAUGGCAUUCCCAUACCUGUCCAUUCGGCAACGCGGUACUCGAGUUUCGGCGUCGUGUUCGCGCCGUCGUUGGAUCCACAAUAAAAAACGAGUCUGGACCCAUGGUCGUUCACUGCAACGAUGGCGGUGGCCGGUCCGGCGUCUAUCUAGCCAUAGACGCGAACAUGGAACUUGCGGAGGAGGAAGACGCCUUCGACGUUUUUGGAUACCUGAAGAAAUUGAGAUUGAGCAGAAAAGGACUGAUCGAGAAUCUGGAACAAUAUAAAUUCAUCUACGACACGCUGGAGGAGUACGUGAUAUGUGGGACCUCGUGGUUCCCGGUUUCCGAACUCUCCCAAAGACUGAAACAAAAGAGCGUCAAGAAUCCGGUUACCAAGAUGAACGAGUACCAGCGGGAGUAUCAGCAGAUCUGUAAACAAACACCGAGAUUUACAAUCGGCGAUUGCGCCGGCGGACACAGAGCGGACAACCGGGAGAAAAACAGAGACGUUCUAGUCGUUCCACCGGACAAUUUUCGACCCUAUUUAACCAGCUUCCAGGGCAACAGCUUCACGGACUACAUAAACGCCGUCUUCGUUGACGGCUACACGAAACCUCGAGAGUAUAUUGUCACCGAGUGGCCGCUUCGCCACACUUGCGGCGAGUUCUGGUCCCUGGUUUACGACUACGAAUGUGCCGCUGUAGUAAUUCUCUGUGUUCCACCCGCGAACUCGACCAAUUUUCCGAGCUUUUGGCCGGAGGGUAGACACUCGAAAAAGUACGGUCCAGUAUUCACCAUUGAUCACAUCAGCCACAAUCACUACUCGAACAUCAAGACUUGGGUCUUCAGAAUAAAUAAGAAGAUCGUCUCUCUGACGGAACUGAUGGCCGGAGUAAAAGCACCGCCCAAGACCGUCCAGCUGUUCCAACUGACGUGUUGGCCAAUGGGCCACAAAGUGCCUACCUCAACCAACAGCCUCGUCGAGUUAAUGAACAUGGUGGAGAGGUGGAGACAGCGAACGGAUUACGGACCUGUCGCUGUCGUGUCGCCCGACGGAAGGAGUCGUUGCGGUGUUUACUGCGCGGCGAACGCCUGCAUAGAACAGGUCAUUCAGCAUGGGGAGGUCGACAUAUUCCAGGCAGUCAAAACCGUGCGCAGGCACAGACCUCAGCUUGUUGAGAACAUGACGGAGUACAAAUACUGCUACGAUCUGGUCCUCCACUACGUAUUGCACUACCUGAACAAGGACAUGAAUGAAAAGAAGUGAGACAGCGAGUUGAGGGACGAGCUGUGGUUCAUCGAGUUUGGUAGGGGUGCGGCGCUG